AUGGCCUCUUCUAUCGAAGCCGGAGGCACGUGGACAACUCAGAAAGAUAUUGUGUUGUGUGAGUGUUGGGUGAAAGUUAGUCAUUGUCAAGUCACGGGCAAUGAGAUGAAGUUCUGUCAUUUGUGGAGAAAAAUUCAUGGAGAAUUUUGCGAAAGAUCGGGUUCGCUUCGGACGAAAAUGGCCAUGGGUAGUAGGUCGAAAAUUUUGAAUAUAGAGUUAGAGAAAUGGAGAGAUGAGUUGGCAAAGGUGAGGGACAACAUUCGAAGCGGUCAAAACCUUGCCGAUGAGAUUAUACAAGCACAAAUGUGGUUCGGUGCCAUGGACCAAGACAAAAAUAGUUUCAUGAAUCACCAAUGUUGA